AUGGAUACUACGGUGCACACCCCAUUUUGUAUACCCCUCAGGCAACAAUCGAGUCAUGCAGUAAAACCAGGGGAUGAAGGAGAAAUUCCACCCAGGCCGCUGUCGUUAUCAUCACAACCUCAUUCUAUUCCGGAAGAUAGUUCGAAUGAAGGUUGUAAUUGUAAUACUACUCCGAUGGAUUUAACAAAAGGGGACACAUUUGCUACAUUUGUACCUCGCAAGUUUUAUCUUCUCUGUGCACCACGGAGAAGCGAAUCGCUAAAUGAUAAUCACAUAAAUUUAGCGAAGGUUAUUCCAGUAUCUGCAUCACAGUCGGUGAUGAUUUCAUGUGACAAUCCGAAAUCAUUUUUGCUCAAGAGUGUUACUCCAUAUGCACAGCAGACGACAACGGUACCGAAAACGCCGUCCAAAUUUAUUCAGCCACCAGUACUGUCUUCACCACAGUUAAUCAGUGGUUCGCUGGCUGCCAAUCGAACUUUACCUCUCUCACUUUACAGCUUUUCGGUUCCAACAACGAAUGUGACCACUGGUAUACUACCACGCGGUCCAUACUAUGAUCGUGCAGCAGAUGAUAACCUUUGCAGAAAUCGAGAUCCUCUGUUAGUGAAAGAAAUGCUCCACGAAGGUCAUUGCUGUGAGAGUGCUCCACGCAGGUUAAGACUUAAAACAAUGGAUGGAUCGUUUUCUGGAUUACGUUCUAAUUACGGACGACCUGGGUGGCACGAUAGUCCGAGACAAUCAACACUAUCCUACUCUGGUCCUGGAGCAUCACGAUUUUAUACAAGACCAGCACCUACACUGCCACUCCUUCCACUUGGUCAGGCGUACGGUCGAGGCACUCCCCGACGUCUUAUGUUAAAUAAUUUUCGUGAGUCACAGUGGUGGGUUUUUAUGGAAAUUUGCAGAUUGGUUUUUCUGUUGGGUCAUUUAUCUCUCUGUCUUAUUUUUUCGCAAAGCCUUUUACCUCAAUCACUACUCAAAUCAGGUCCUUAA